CGUUCCUGGAACAUUAAUAUUCUGUCCUGUGACCUGAAUCAGCAACUGCGACUCUUUGUAACCAGACACCUGGCUCAGUUUUCUUCAGAAGUCAAAGGCCAAAGAACCCUCCAUCACCGGAGCGAUACCCUGGAGACAGUGAUCCUGGUAAACCCCAAUGUGGACAGCAUUGUUUCUGAGGUCCGCUCACUUGUGUGUGAUUCAUCAGCCCACAAACUACUGAUCUUCUGUGGUCAGAGCUCAGACCAGGAAGGAGACUUGAUCCUGCAGACGGGGACCUUCACUUACCAGAAGUUUGCUGAGAUACUUUCAGACCCAGAGGUCACCCAGAUUCUUAGCGACACUGAUUCAGAUAUCAAGGCCUCCCUUACUGUGUCGUGCUUGGGAGAAGGAGACUGGAGCAACCUUGGGCAUCCUCGAUUUCAGGAGAUUAUUCAUCUGAAACUGAAUCCUGAUCCAGUUCUGCCAGAAAUGGAUGGGGUGUCUGAGUUUGCAGAAUAUGUCUCUGAGACAGUUGACGUGCCGUCUCCGUUUGAUCUCCUGGAGCCACCCACCUCAGGGGGCUUUCUGAAGCUUUCUAAACCCUGCUGCUACAUAUUCCCUGGGGGAAGAGGUGAUUCUGCUCUCUUUGCUGUCAAUGGGUUUAACAUCCUUGUGGAUGGUGGCUCUGACAGAAAAUCUUGCUUCUGGAAGCUGGUAAGGCACCUGGACAGGAUUGACUCAAUCCUGCUCACCCACAUUGGUGCAGACAACCUACCUGGCAUCAAUGGGCUGCUGCAGAGGAAAGUUGCUGAGCAAGAGGAGGAACAGUCCCAGGGUUCUACGAACUACAGUGACUGGAUGAAGAACCUAAUUUCUCCUGAGCUAGGAGUGGUUUUUUUUAAUGUUCCUGAAAAACUGAAGAUGCCUGAAUCAUCCAUGAAAGUGAAGAGGAGCAUCGAGGAAGCUUGUCUGACACUGCAGUAUCUCAACAGACUGGGCAUUAAAGCAGAGCCUCUCUACAGGGUGGUGAGCAAUACCAUUGAACCUAUCACGCUUUUCCACAAAAUGGGAGUGGGUAAGCUGGACAUGUAUAUACUGAAUCCUGUCAAGGACAGUAAAGAAAUGCAAUUUCUAAUGCAAAAAUGGGCUGGUAAUAGUAAAGCAAAGACUGGCAUAAUUCUCGCAAGCGGGAAGGAAGGUGAAAUUUCUGUUCCCUAUCUCACAUCCAUCACUGCCCUAGUGGUGUGGCUUCCAGCUAGCCCAACAGAGAAGAUUGUAAGGGUUUUGUUUCCUGGAAAUGCUCCUCAAAAUAAGAUACUGGAAGGUCUUGAGAAACUCAAGCACCUGGAUUUUCUGAGGUACCCAGUGGCUACUCAGAAAGAUAUCACUUCUGGAAUACCUCCACCUGUGCUGAAGCAGACCAAAAUUAAACAAAGAACUGACAGUAAAGAGAGUCUUAAGUCUUCCCCCAAGCCAUCUGUGACAAAGCAAGCUAAGAAAGAAGAGGCAGUUGAGGAGGGGAUUAAGGAGGUAAAACCAGAAGUCAUAAAGGAUACUAAAACGGAGAAAAAGGUUAAAGAACACACGGAGAAAAUUCCUGAGAAACCUGUUAAACAUGAAAAGAUAAAGACAGAAACAAGUGAUGCUCUCAAAGCUGAGAAAAGAAAAUUAGCAAAAGACAAGGUUGGAAAAAAGCAUCUCAAAGAGAAAGUAUCCAAGCUGGAAGAGAAGAAAGACAAAGAAAAGAAAGAGAUUAAGAAGGAGAAAAAGGACUUAAAAAAAGAUGAUGGAAAGAAAGAGGAAAAAAAAGAUUCAAAGAAAGAGGAUAAAAAGAAAGAAACCAAACCAGAGCCCAAGAAAAUUUCUAAACCAGACUUAAAACCAUUUACUCCAGAAGUAAGAAAAACAUUAUACAAGGCAAAAGUUCCAGGCAGAAUCAAAAGUGAGAAGAUCAAAGUCAAACCUGAAAAGGAAGUGCCUGCUGACCUGAAGACAUCGCCAAUGGAGAAGGCACUGGCACAGGUGGAGCCAGGAGAGACUUCCAUAGCUGAGCAGAGGCUAGUCCUGUCUUCACCAGAAGAUCUUACAAAGGACUUUGAGGACCUGAAGCACGAGGAGAAAGGGGCCUUGCAGGUGACUCAAGAAAUGUCUGAUAUUGAGGUUAGUGAUAAGAUUAUGAGAGUACCUGAAACAGAGAUCAAAGACUCUGCUGACGUGAUUGCUCAGAGUUGCACUGAAGUGGAUCUGAUUUUGAAAACAGACAUUCCUGAUCAGGGAGUAACUGCUACUGAUGUGGAAAAAGAGUCACCAGCAGAGGAAAAGGCAGUUCAUCAGCUAGAACUGAGAGCAGGUCAUGCUGAAAAAAUGGAGGAUGAAAGAACAACAGUAGAUGAAAAUCGUGACAUGAGAUACUGGGAGGGAAAAGCUGAGCAGGACAAGGAAGUUCAGCUGUUUCCAGACAAAGAACAGGUACCAUCACAGACAGACCUCUUAGCAAAAGGUGUUCGGUCAUCAGCGUUCAGAGAGGAUGAAAAGGAGGAAGAGGAGAAAAUCUUUUUGGACAGAAAACAGAGGGAAGCAGAAACAAAGACUGGUGAAAAAUAUAUUGAGGGGACAGAGACACAGGAAGAGGGUGAGAAGGAAAAGAGAGAAGAUGUGAUAGAAAAGGCAGAACUGGAAGAAAAGGAAGAACAGCACAUGAAGGAAGAGGAGAAGGUGGAAAAAAUUAGAGACUUUUAUGAGCUGAAUCAGGAUGAGAGGGAGGACAAAAUAUUUACCACGACAGAAAAGGAAAAAGAAUUUAGUGACAUGGGUGAGAAAAGCAAAUUACUUGGAAGGGACAUAACAAAGGAAGAGUCAUAUCUGAGCAGUCUGCCAGUCCCACCAGGAGCAACAGCAGAACAUGUUUCAUAUAUCCAGGAUGAAACUAUCCCAGGCUACUCAGAAACAGAGCAGACCAUUUCUGAUGAAGAAAUCCAUGAUGAACAGGAAGAGAGGAUCCCACACUUGAAGUAUGAUGUCAAUACCUAUGACAUUUCUGUUCCUGACCGCCCAGGCUCUUUUGAAGCAAUACAUGGAAUACAGGCCAUGCCUGCAGCUGAACUUUCAGCCAAGGGCUAUGCUGCCCAGGAGUCUGAAAUCCUGGCAUAUCCCACAAACAUUGUGGCAGCACCUCUAGCUGAGGAAGAACAUAUAUCCUCUGCUACCUCCAUUACAGAAUGUGAUAAGCUUUCAUCUUUUGCAACUUCAGUAGCAGAAGAUCAGUCUGUUGCAUCUUUAACAGCACCACAAACAGAAGAGACUGGGAAAAGCUCUUUACUUCUAGACACAGUAAACAGCAUGCCCUCCUCUCGGACUGAAGCAACCCAAGGUCUCGACUAUGUUCCUUCCGCUGGCACAAUCUCUCCCACAUCAUCCUUGGAGGAAGACAAAUGUUUUAAAUCUCCACCCCCUGAAGAUUUCCAUGCGUUAGCAGAAGGAGAGAGAAAACUGGAAUCUCAAAAAAACGAUCUUCACGAAGAGGCAGAAGAGGAAGAGGAAGAAGAAGAUGGGACACCAAAUAUUGAAAUUCCUGGGAAACUCAGAGGGCAUUACGAUGCACCCAUGUUUUCUCAUCAAGCAUGUCCUGAUAAUGUUGACUCUGCAGAGGCUGAAGAACGAUGCAUGAGUCCUGAUGAUAGUACAGUCAAAAUGGCCUCUCCCACCCCAUCGGGCCCCACUAGCGCAGGACACACACCUUUCCACCAGUCUCCAGUGGAGGAAAAACUAGAAACAGUAGAUUCAGAUCUGUUUGAAAAACAAACAGAUGCUGCUGCCAGGAAAUUGGAAGGCCAAACUUCUGUUGUGGUGAAGGGUGAACCUCUCAGAGAAGAUGAGGUGUCUGCAGCUAAAUACAGACAUGAAAAAGAAGUGCCUGGACCUGUACAGCGCAAGCUGGACGUGGGCAGUGGCGUUGCAGUGCCUCCUGGGGAGGAGGUGCAGGAAGCACUGGUGGGCAAGGAGGAGCUGCCCUGGCUCUCCUACCACAAGCAGGACACAGUGGUGAUAGGGGAGGAGGAGGAUCGUCCCGUGCUGCCCCAUCCCAGCACAGAUGCGUUUCUGGGGCCGGAAAAAGAUCAAGGAACUAAAACCAUGACAGAAAGUUUAAUGGGAUUUUCAAAACACUUGUCCUUUGAGCCAUCGUCUACCAUAGAAGCGUCUCUAGGAAAUGUGGAUGCUCCACAGUUCACAAGCCAAAGCAAAUCUGAAAGCGACAAAUCUUCCCAAUUUUCACCAGAUGACACCAAAUCACUUUCAUUUACAGAAGAAAGUAUUGGUAAAGAAAAAUCUUCAGAUAUUUCUGUUAAGGGAGUGACUACUGAAGAAGGAAAACUGCCGUAUUUCACAGGAGACACCUCAGAAGAGGAAAAACCUUCUCAUGUUUCCAUUAAAGACAUUUCUCCAGAAGAGACCAAAUCCAUUUCUCUCACUGAGAGUCCCAGCAAGGAAAUAUCUUCAGAUCUUUUUGUUAGAGGAAUUUCUCCAGAAGGCAUCAAAUCUCUUAGUUUCACAGAAGAGAUAUCUGCAAAAGAAAAAACUAUGUCUGACUUUACUGAUAAAUUCACUUCAGAAGCUGUGAAGUCCAUGGAUUUCACAGAGCAGAGCCCAGCUGCAUAUGAAGAAUCACUGAAAAUUUCUCCCAAAGAACUCGUGAAAGAAGUGUCAAAAUCUUUUCCUCGCCCAGAACGUAGCCCAGUUAAAGACACAUCACCCAGAGAUACUUCAACGGAAGAAAUGUCUCCAGAUGACAGCAGUUUAUUUUCUUCAGCAGAAAAGGGCCCAUUCAGGGGAAGAACUGCAGGCUUGGACUGUCGGGAAGUAUCUCCUGAUGCAAAGGGCUUACACUUCACUGAGUCUAGCCCAACUGAGGAUAAAACAUCUUCACACAUUUCUCCUGAAAGUGUAAAAUCUUGCAGGUUCAAGGAAGCUCAAGAAGAAAAAUCUCCAGAAAUGGAAGACUUUUACAUGAAAGAUUUAAGUUAUGAGAAGAAAGUGUGGUUUCCAGAAGAGGUGGAGGAGAUCCCUGUUCAGGGAAGGCGGCAGAGAUAUGAUAAAGAGAGAGAGAGCACAUUCUUGGAUGAGGUACCGGAAUAUGAAACAAAACCCCUUCCUGAAAUGGCAGAGGAGGAGAUCCUGCCUCCUACAGUGCCUGGCAGUCACAGCUGGAGAAGAACAGAAAGUGAAGCAUGGGGCUCUGCAUAUGGGUAUCUUCAGGAAGGAAGAGAGACUGGAAGAGGAGGACAGUUACCCAGUGAGGAAGAUGAGGUUCUCCGUCGUGCUGAAGACAAACCUGUGGUACUGCAAGCGGGAGCAGGAUGUUUAAAGAUGGAAUCAUGUGAUUACAAAGAAGACGCACAGAAGAGUGCCAAACCUACAUUAGAAACAAAGAAAGUGGAAAUAGAUCCUGCUGAUGUCACUCUCUCAGAAAGAACACAAACAGAAAGUUCUCCUCUGUCUUCUCAAUAUGUCUCUGGUGAGGAAAAUCAGGCCAAAGUAUUAACUGGAAACAAAGAAAGGCAAGAAUUGCUGUCAACAUCUAAACAAGGUUACUCCUAUUUAGAUGAUGAGGAGAAAGCUGUCCUAGAUAUCUAUGCAAAGUCACUAGACGAAGCACUGAUGGCAUCUCCCCUGUCCGUAAUGGCUACCACUCCGGAAAAGAAGAUUGACACAACACCAGAAACAGAACGGCCUUACAAGUUAGAUCAGUGCAAGCCACCUUUGUGGGAAGAUGUCCCAUCAAAGGACACAGAGAAGAAAUCAGACAUCAGUUUGUAUCAGGAAAUCGACAGCAAAUACAAGUCAGAUAGAAAGCAAGAGGAGGGCUGCAAAUCCAGUGAGCGUCUUUUUGACUCUACAGGAAGGAAAGAGCAGAUGGCAGCAGCAUCUACUCUGUUACAAUCUACGAAACCAGCACAAUACAUAGCAGCAUCCCCAGAAGAAAGUGCUGCGGUGUCGGGGCAGUGUGCACACUCCCCUCUAGGACAAGGCCCUUGUCAAAAAAGCAGUGCUUCCAUGGGCCAUGCUGAGGCCAGCCGAGCGGCAUAUCCUCCAGAGACCUAUUCCAGGAGCUCCCCUGAGCCUUAUUCCUAUGAGGAAGGGGUCUGCAGACCCAGAGGUGAUGACAGUUCUACAAGACAAGAGCAAGAGGAAAGAGAACCAACUCCCUACCCUGAUGAAAGGAGUUUCAAGUAUGCUGACAUCUAUGAGAGGAUAAUUGUGUCCGGAGCUGGACCCUCCCCCUUUGCACCCAAGGGUGCGGACAUCCCGAGUCACACGGACAAGGUGCCAGCAACAGCACUGAUCUCUCAAAAAGAUCAAAGUUUUCAUGUCUCUGCAAAGGAAGAAGAGUCCUGCCUUUAUACCUCUGCUGAGAAGGAGUUGUCAUCUCCGGCAUCCCCUAAAGACAAAGCAGAUUCAGCCUUUGACUAUACAGACAUCCAUGAAAGAUACUUACCCUUGUCUGAAACAGAGAAGCAUAGGGUAUCUGCAGGACAGGAAAAACUGAAGGUGUCUUCUGCUUUGCCAGAAGAACUGGACUCUGAACUGCACCCAUCAUCUGCAAGCACAGCAUUUGCCUCUCCCACAGACAUGACCGACACAUUUUAUCAUGAAAAAUCAGCUGCCUGUAUUGAUGCUGCUCACCCAGAUGAGAACAUCAUUUUUUCUGGCCAGGAGCAGGUAUCACUGUCCCUGAAAUCUGAAAGCCCAAGUCCCAAAGAUACAUACUAUGAGAAAGCAGGUCAAGGGGAAGAAAGCAUGAGUGACUCGGAGUUAGAAAAAGGCGCUAAGGAGAAAUCUGAAAAGGAGUCUAGACUGCACAGCCCUGUUGAAGCUGCAGGCACAGUCUACGCACACAUCUCAGCAAUGGACAAGUUUCAUGUAUCAGAACCCCUUAUGCAAAGCAAGCGUCAGGAGUCCAUUUCACCCAGUUCUACCGCUUCUUCACCUUCUGAUCUGGGGUGGAAAGAGGAAUACGGAAACCAGGGGAAGAAAGAUGAAUACUUGGAGGUUUCUGAGAAAAUCAGCUGCCUUGACUCAUCUUUUACUAAAUUCUCACCGCUGAGUCCGUAUGAAGAAGAUAAGUUGUUCUCCAAAGCUGUAGAAAGAGAGACUGUGCCCCAACAGCAGCUGAAAGACGACUCUUCCAGCCUGUCAGAAGAACCUUCAUCUGAAGCUACCACUCCUGUCAUACAGACUACAGCAGAAAGUUUUUACUCCCAUAUGCUUUCCACAUACACGGGGGAAGGAGCAGAAGCGGGCAAAAAGGACACAGAGAGGCAGAGCCGUCCUUCCUCUCUGAUGUCCCCUGAACACAGUUUCCAGCCCUUUUUCCCAGAUGUGCAGAGGCAUGGAAAAACAGAGGACCAUGGAGAUGCUUCCCAUGAGAUGGAGCCACAUUUAGGAGGCAGUUUCAGUUGUGGACAGAAAUCUUCCUCAUGUGAAUACAAGCACAGGAAGGGAGAGCUCUCUCCCUCAUUCAUCAACCCAAGCCCUCAUGAGCUUUCUGAAGAUAGUGACCUCUCACAGGAGGAUGGUCAUCCUUCAGUGCAAGGAAGACCACCCCACACUGGUAGUAGUCCCAUGCAAAGUGCUACAGUGGAGGAAACCCCUCCAACAUCAGUGAGUGAUUCUGGAACCUCCCAGUCAGACUCGGAUGUCCCACCUGAGACAGAAGAAUGUCCGUCCAUCACAGCAGAUGCCAACAUGGACUCAGAUGAAGAUGCCGAUUUCCUCCCAGUGGACAAAGCUGUUGGGAAUGCUCAUCAUGCCAGUUCUAGGUCCAUCCAUGAUCCUCAGCCUGUUCCAAUGGUAGAUCCUCAUCCCCACCCUCCUCACCCUGAUGUCUGCAUGGUAGACCCUGAUGUGUUGGUAAAUGAGCAAAGCAUGAGCAGAACUGAUAAAAUUUCCAAGAAAGACAUAAAAGAAAAGAACAAAGGUGUGAGGAAGCCUUUGAGCAAACCCAAAUCUUCCUCGCCUGCCCGGAAAUUAGAUGUGAAAGGGAAACGAUCACCCACUCCUGUGAAACAGCCAUCGGACAAAUCUCCAAAAUCUGUCACUGCCAAAAAAGAAAGAGAUGGCGGAGAGAAGCCCAAACCACGUAGUGCGUUGGUGCAGCCUCCUCACACAGAAGAUGAGUUAUCCCGGAGUAGUCACAGCAACCCUGGCAAGAGCCUUGUUAAUGGCAUAAAAACAAACCCCGCUUCCAACAGUCCUAAGAGCAGCUUGCCCGUGCCCAUGGGUCCACCUGUCUAUGUAGACUUGGCAUACAUCCCCAACCACUGCAGUGGAAAGAACACAGACCCGGAGUUCUUCAAGCGGGUUCGAGCAUCAUAUUAUGUUGUGAGUGGGAAUGAUGCAGCCAAUGGAGAACCCAGCCGUGCAGUGUUGGAUGCGCUCCUGGAAGGGAAGUCUCAGUGGGGGGAGAACCUGCAGGUGACAUUGAUCCCAACACAUGAUACUGAGGUGACACGAGAAUGGUACCAACAGACCCAUGAGAAACAGCAGGAGCUAAACAUCAUGGUACUGGCAAGCAGCAGCACUGUUGUGAUGCAGGAUGAAUCUUUUCCGGCCUGUAAGAUCGAAUUCUAAGUCUCCCACA